UGGGACAGGGACUGAUGAGAAUGUGACAGGGACAUUAGAGUGUAAGCUCACUGGGGCAGGACUGAUAGAUAUAAUGUGAGUAGAAGGCAGUGGAAGAUAUAUUUAAACAGUGACAGUAAGAAGGUGUUGGGGUUCAGCACAGGCAGAGACACUAGAGCUCCUCCCCUCCAGCUGUCCAUACAGUGUUCUCUAUAGAUAAACAGCUGAUGCAAACAGACCAAUUACACAGGGACUCAUUGCAGCACCUCCUCCCCCACACACUCACCAACAUGAGUCUCAUCCCACUCUCCCCUGAGGUUUCCCCCUCACCCUCCUCAGGAACUGGCGCCACAACCCCUUCCCCUCAGUGCGACUGACUCUCAGCUCCCAGCAGCCUCUCCUGCCCACACGCACUGACUCGCACUCUCCGCCCACGGCCACACACCAAUCAGUGUUGGGAGAGAGCGGUGCAUUUUGGGUACAGGAGGCUCUUCACGUGCCUCUCCCAAUCAUGUGAUCUGCCGGCAGCGUCACGUGUUCACUGUACUGUUCUGACUCGCUGUCCGGAAUGGGAGGUUAUGUUGUGGCAGCUCCUCCCACUGCGCCGUGCUGACAAGGAGAAUGGCUGAUAUAAGGCUUUGCCCCCAGCUCACUCCCUGAGACCCUUCCUGACGGGUGAUGCCCUGUCCUCCUUUUGCAAUGAACAGAUCCAAGGUUUCCUCUGACAUACACGAGAUUGUGUCGUCCGCCAUCCAGAGUCCAGCAUCGGAAGGUGCCUCGUUGCCCUCCCAGCAUUAUGAGGAUGAGGGGGAUGUGAUCCAGGCACUCAAGAUUGAACGAUUUGAGGAGAUUUUGCAGGAGAUCCACCCCAGGAGCCCUACAGAGCUGGGCAAAAGCUACAGUGAGGAGGACUUCCAAUCUCACCGGCAGUCCUCCCAUCACAUACACCACCCACUGUCCUGCCACCUUCCCCCUGAACCCUGUAGCAGGGAUGGACACAAACACAAGAGGUGGCGGGAAAGCAAGAGGCAGGUAUUUGCCCCCGGAGAUAGCGCUGGAACUAUCCAGGAGGGAGAGGAAGAUGAAGAUGAGCAGAACACAGAGGGAGAUAAAACUUCAGAGGAAGGCACAGACACAGGGGGCAUACAGUUCUUCCUGCUGGAUGAGAGUAAGACUGACAGCAACACAGCCCUGACACUGACCACAAUAACCCAGGGCAAAAUUAGUGAGGAUGGAAGUUUUCAAGGAACAAAAGUGCGAUCUGGCAGUGCCCCUUGUGGGGAUGGAGUUAGUGCUCCCCGUCAUUCUCAUCGAACACCCCCCAACCACCGCAGCUACAGUCUAACAGAGCGUCGCCGGAUUGGCAGCAUGACCCACCCUGAGGAAACCCAUUACCAACAAGUGCCAACUGAUGAAACAGAAGCCGAGACAUUGGUAUCCGCCGACCUGGACUACAUGAAAAGUCACCGGUUUGAGGACCUUCCCGCUGUCCGCAGACAUCUUGUACGCAAAAAUAAAGGGCAAGUAGUUCAUAUCAAUAAAGAGCAUCGUGAGAGACAACCCCAUCGGAAAAACGUGACACUUCAACCUCAUGAGGUGUUUGUGGAGCUCAAUGAGCUCAUCUUGGACAAGCACCAGGAGCUGCAAUGGAAGGAGACAGCUCGUUGGAUAAAAUUUGAGGAAGAUGUUGAAGCAGAAACUGACCAAUGGGGAAAGCCCCACGUGGCCUCUCUCAGCUUCCGUAGUCUGUUAGAACUCAGGCGGACAUUAUCACAUGGUGCUGUACUGUUGGAUCUGGAUCAGAGAACCCUCCCCGGAAUAGCCCAUCAAGUGGUGGAACAAAUGAUCAUCAGUGACCAAAUCAAGGCUGAGGAUCGAGCCAAUGUACUGAGAGCUCUUCUUCUUAAACACAGUCACCCUAGCGAUGAGAAGGACUCUUCCUUUUCCCGUAAUAUCUCUGCGGCCAGUCUUGGCUCCCUUCUUGGACACCACAGUACAAAUCAUGUAUCACAACACAGUGAGCCCAACCUGACUGACCCCCUAAUGGGGGGAGAUCCUGGCAAUCAGGAGACCAAGAUAGACACUGAGCGAGAGAGAGAGUCGAUCCCUUCCCUCCACUCUAUCCAGCGCUCAAAGUCUAAGCACGAGCUGAAGCUUUUGGAGAAGAUUCCGGAGAAUGCAGAGGCCAGCGUGGUGCUAGUAGGCUGUGUAGAGUUUCUGGAGCAGCCCACAAUGGCGUUUGUAAGGCUGCAGGAGGCGGUGGAGCUGGACUCCGUGUUGGAGGUUCCUAUUCCUGUGCGUUUCCUGUUUGUACUGCUGGGGCCAAGUACAUCAAAUCUGGAUUAUCAUGAGAUUGGCCGAUCCAUAUCAACACUGAUGUCUGACAAGCUAUUCCAUGAGGCUGCCUACCUUGCUGAUGAGCGGCAGGACCUUCUCAAUGCCAUCAAUGAGUUCCUGGACUGCAGUGUUGUGCUGCCUCCUUCUGAGGUUAUGGGGGAGGAACUUCUGCGCUCGGUGGCGCUGUUCCAGCGGGAGAUGCUGAGGAGGCGGCAGGGGCAAGAGAAGAAGGUUUUGGAGGAACCCAGAGACAUCCAGGACAAAGCUCUUCUAAAGAAAUUUGCAGCAGACAGUGGAGGAGAUGAUGACCCCCUGCGCAGGACAGGGAAACCUUUUGGGGGGCUUAUUCGUGAUAUCCAGCGGCGGUACCCCAAAUAUGUCAGUGAUUUCCGGGAUGCACUGGAUGCGCAGUGUAUGGCUGCCGUCAUCUUCAUUUACUUUGCUGCUCUCUCUCCUGCCAUCACGUUUGGGGGUCUCCUUGGUGAAAAGACAGAGGGUCUCAUUGGAGUGUCCGAGUUGAUAAUCAGCACAUGUUUGCAGGGGGUUAUAUUUUGCCUGUUGGGGGCUCAGCCGCUGCUGAUCGUAGGGUUUUCAGGGCCACUGUUGGUAUUUGAAGAAGCUUUUUACACGUUCUGCUCAGCUAAUGGCAUGGAGUACCUGGUGGGGCGAGUGUGGAUUGGCUUCUGGCUGGUGGCCAUUGUGGUCAGUAUGGUGGCUUGUGAGGGAAGCUUCCUGGUUCGUUUUGUUUCUCGAUUCACCCAAGAAAUUUUCUCAAUUCUCAUCUCCCUCAUCUUCAUCUAUGAAACCUUCUAUAAACUCUUCAAGGUCUUCCAGGAGCACCCUCUCACCAACUGCCGCCUCCACAACUUGACUGACACCCUAAAUGUAACAGAGAACCUUCUACAGAAUGGAACAGAGUUGAUUGGCCCCACUAGUUUGACUGGGCAACCAAACACCGCCCUCCUGUCUCUCGUGCUCAUGGCCGGGACCUUCUUCAUCGCAUUUUUCCUGCGCAAACUCAAGAACAGCAAUUUUUUCCCAGGCAGGGUGCGCCGAGUUAUUGGAGAUUUUGGGGUUCCCAUUGCCAUUCUCAUUAUGGUACUCGUGGACCUCAGCAUCACUGACACUUAUACUCAGAAAUUAAGUGUCCCCAGUGGCUUCAAGGUGACGUCACCAGAGAAACGAGGUUGGGUGAUCAACCCUCUUGGCUCCCAGGAGCCAUUCCCAGUCUGGAUGAUGUUUGCCAGUGUCCUACCUGCAGUGCUUGUUUUCAUCCUCAUCUUCAUGGAGACCCAGAUUACCACGCUGAUUAUCAGUAAGAAGGAACGAAUGCUGGUGAAGGGAUCAGGUUUCCACUUGGAUUUGCUACUGAUUGUCACAAUGGGUGGGAUCAGUGCUCUCUUUGGGUUGCCAUGGUUGGCCGCCACCACUGUUCGUUCAGUGACCCACGCCAAUGCUCUGACUGUUAUGAGUAAAGCCGUGGCCCCUGGGGACAAACCAAAGAUCCAGGAGGUGAAAGAGCAGAGAGUCACAGGUCUGCUGGUGGCCAUCCUUGUGGGUUUGUCUAUAGUGAUUGGGGAUGUCCUUCGGCAGAUCCCAUUGGCUGUUCUGUUUGGGAUCUUUCUGUACAUGGGAGUUACCUCUUUAAACGGGAUCCAGUUCUAUGAGAGAUUACAACUGCUUCUUAAACCUCCCAAGCACCAUCCAGAUGUGAUGUAUAUAAAGAAGGUGCGGACGCUUCGGAUGCAUCUGUUCACCGCACUGCAACUUGUCUGUCUCACAAUUUUGUGGAUUGUAAUGUCCACAGCUGCGUCUCUUGCCUUCCCCUUCAUCCUCAUCCUUACAGUUCCACUACGCCUCUUCAUACUGAGAAAGAUAUUCACGGAGCGGGAAAUGAAAUGCCUUGAUGCUGACGAGGUACAACCAAUAUUUGAUGAGCAGGAGGGUGUGGAUGAAUACAAUGAAAUGCCAAUGCCAGUAUAAAGCCAAUCAUGAAACUCGGAAUAGGACUACAAAGAUCUUGGGGGGCAGGGCACCAACACUGCCCCAAUGUUGAUAUUCCUCUCAUCCUGGAGAAAGAACUUUCUGGGGGCAGAGCUUCAGAAUGACAUGGGGGUGGGAUGGGGGUUGCUGUCCUGAACUUGUAUUAAGGGCUCCUUUGAUUGGGAGUCAGGUGACGUACAUGCUUGUACAAACUGAUCAUCUCUUAUAUUUUGGGCUGGAGGCUUGGACUAUGGUAACGCUGGGUCUUAAGAAGCACCUCAAGCGGGAAGUGUGUGGUGACAUUACUGCCAGACUCCUCUGUUGCCUAAGUGCAAAAAAGGCAGUUUCUGUUUCUCUUCCCCAGAAAAGUUUAUGAAGGGAUUGUUACCCCACCAUAAAUGAAGAUAGAGGUCUCUAUUGGUCCUCAGAGAAAAGCAUUGGCUCUUAUCCCUCAAUGGAAGAAGUUAGGGAGGGUAAGUCAUUAGAGGUAGAGAUCAGUUACUGCUCCUUUAACUGUGGCACAACAAGAUAUGUAACUACUCUUCAAUAGUCAGUAAUGAUGCCCUCGGGCCUGAAGCAAACGUCUGUUUCCCCACAAACAUGAUGUUUAUGCUCUAUUGUACAAAGUAGAUGCCUGUUACUCCCCAAACAUGCUACUUAUGCUCUAUUGUACAAAGUAGAGGCCUGUCACUCCCCAAACAUAAUGUUUAUGCUCUAUUGUAUAUAGUUGUGGCCUGUUACUCCCCAAACAUGACGUUUAGAUGUUUAUGCUCUAUUGUACAAAGUAGAGGCCUGUCACUCCCCAAACAUAAUGUUUAUGCUCUAUUGUAUAUAGUUGUGACCUGUUACUCCCCAAACAUGACGUUUAGAUGUUUAUGCUCUAUUGUACAAAGUAGAGGCCUGUUACUCCCCAAACAUAAUGUUUAUGCUCUAUUGUACAAAGUAGAGGCCUGUUAAUCCCCAAACAUAAUGGUUAUGCUCUAUUGUACAAAGUAGAGGCAUGUUACUCCCCAAACAUAAUGUUUAUGCUCUAUUGUACAAAGUAGAGGCCUGUUAAUCCCCAAACAUAAUGGUUAUGCUCUAUUGUACAAAGUAGAGGCCUGUUACUCCCCAAACAUAAUGUUUAUGCUCUAUUGUACAAAGUAGAGGCCUGUCACUCCCCAAACAUCAUGUUUAUGCUCUGUUGUACAAAGUAGAGACACGUUACUUCCCAAACACGAUGUUUAGAUGUUUAUGCUCUAUUGUACAUAGUAGAGGCCUAUGUGUAUGCUCCAUUGUACAAAGUAGAACCCCCUAAAGCAAUAUCAGAGGUUCAUUAUGGUUCCCCAGUAGUAAGCACUGUGUAUUCAUGCUCCUAAAGACUUUCUAUGGAGGUACAGUCAGUGCCGCUCAACAGAAUGAUUGUUACUCAUUACUCAUAGACAAUGUCAGCUCCGCUUUCUUUAGAGCAUUUAUUUAUGACUUGAGUACUUAGUAUUCAUGUAAAUUGCAGUAUUUUAUUUACCAAAGAAUGAAUAUGUAUACAGAUAUUAACAUGCUGA